AAAAGUAUGAAAAGCCUUCAGGGGGAUUUCCUCCGAAAGAAAGACCUCCUCCUUCUCUUCUCAGACCCUUUACUUGCUCUCUCUGUCUCUCUCUCUCUCUCGGUCUCUGUGUCUCUCUCUCUUUACAGUCGAGACAAAACGGCGCAGUGAGCUGACGACAGACCGCUUGACACUUUACAUUUCUCAGCAGACGUCGUACUCUUGUACAAACUUGCAAUAACUUGCUAAACAAUGGAUCUGAUCCACUAUAGUCCAGAUCUACCAGCCGUCUCAAAACCGGACACCAUGGAAGCACCUCUGGAUGUGAGACUAUCAUGGGUAUGCUGCAGUUACCAGUGAAGAACUAAACUGGGAAUUUUUCUCUGCUGGAGGCACAGAUUUUUGGAUGACAACUCAGUAGCUGUGAUUCAGUCGUCAAGAUGAACCCUUCCUCUCUGGACUGGUCCAUUCAGAGCGCCCUGUCGUCUCUUUUCCCUCCAUUUGAGGCUACCGCUCCUACUGUUCUCAGCCAACUCUUUCGCACCAUUGAGGAACGUUACCAUGGAGAUGCACUGCAGUGCCUGCUGAACUUCCUUAUCCCAGCCAAACAUAUCCUAGAGAGUGUGCAACAAGCAGCCUGUGCUGCAUACUCCGAUGUGCUUUUCCGGUGUGAGGGUUGGCCAUUGUGCCUGAGAGAUCGUGUGGUGAUCCAACUCGCCCCCAUCAACCCUUUACUUCUCCGACCUGGAGAUUUCUACUUGCAGGUGGAACCUUUUGGAGAACAGUCAGCCCGGAUCGUCCUCAAAAGUCUUCUUGUGCAGGAAGACCUCCUGGGGCAAGAGAAUCUGGUGCUGCAAGCUAGUUCCAGGUUGUUGGAGGGUACUGCAAUUGAGGGGACUCCCAUUCCAGAGACAUCUUAUCCAUGCAUAUUCACAGAGUCUUGGCUAAGGGAAAUAAAUGAGGGACGUCAUGGAAAUCCUCUAUGUCAGUGUGUGCUUUCCUCUGACCAGGGGGUUGUGAAGGUACCUUGGACCGAAGUUGCCAACCCAGAAUUCCUUGACAGGCCCAAAUCUAACAUCUGGCCUGAAACAAGGCCAUGCUCAACUCCAACUCUCCGUGUGACAGAUCUUAAAACUGAGAUUUCGAACAACGAGUCACAGGUACCUAUAGGCCUUUUACCUCUUGAGAUGGAAACUAGGAUCCUUCCAGCAAAUGAUGGGAUGGCGGUUUCUGUUCAGCUAGUGGACGGUGGCAGCAGAUUGAUGAAGGUUGACCAAGGACAUCCAAUACUUCCAGCAGGACAUCCAAUAAGCAGUUUUGCUGGAAAACCUGUUGGCUGGGUAUCUCCUAAUACCUGGGACAGCAGGCACAACCGAGAGCUUGAAGGAGAAUAUGUGGAUCUUUUAGAGUUCAACAAGGAGAAAGUAGCAAUGCCCACAAAACCACUGGCCUUCAAGUUAGUCAGGACCACUCAGCCUGCCCCAACAAGUAAUGUUAACCUGUGUGAAGAGAACUGCAAUCCUUGUAUGCAAAACAAACCACCUGAGAGCAUGCAAAACGAUCCAGAAUCCAAAUGCAGGUAUCGGCAAUCUUACAUGGCAGCUCUCCGAAACCCUGUGAAUUUUGAGAGAGCAAGUAUGCUGCCUUCCCUAGAUGAAACAAGGACAGAUGUAGGGGAGGCUGAGCCAAGCUGUGAGGGAUACGGAGUUGGCCUUAGACUUAAACCUUCGAGUUGUACAUUUGGCCAGACACCAAACCAAGCAGACAGAAACCCGAUGCAAUCCUUUGAGAACUCAGUCCAACAAAAGCAAAUCCCAAAGAACUCAAGUCAGAGCAUACCUCAUGACUGUAGUUCAAGGGAGAAUGCGGAGUCUUCUGACCAACAUAUGACCCAACAGAUCCUUAGCAUGGUCCAAGCAAGACAACAACACAAGUCAUUCCUCACUGGGCAACAGGAUCUCCAUCAGACUGCACUAGGAACUAAGGCACUACCCGACAAAAGGCAGCACUGUCUAAACAACUCUUUUAGACAUGAUUCAUUUCAAAUGCGGAUUAGCGGCCAGAAACAUGCCAAAACCCAACACUUACCCAAAAUGGGACUAAGGGCUUUCCCUGACCACAGUGGUCACAGACAAGAUGCUAAUCUACGUUUGCAGGGUUUCAAUCCAAUUCAGCUAACACAGGCCUCCAAACAAACGCCUCCUCCAUUUCAGCCCCAGUUCAGUCAGAUCCUGUUCCAAAAUGAAUACAAGCCUUUGGAUUACAAAGUAUUCUGUGAUGACAGACACAGUGGAAGAGGCCCAGGUUCACCUGUACAGGUGAUCAAAGGUAAAAGCAGGUCUAAAUCCCGCUCAUCCUCUUCAGUCUCGGAAACAACCAAAGAGUGUCUGCAAUCGCACAAGCCGACCAACAGAAGCCGCAGUGAUGUCUAUCCAGAGAUCAUUCCCAUGUUGCCUGCUAUCCAGGGAAUAAAACACACAGCUAAUUUGGUGUCCCCAAAAUUAAACAGACGACAAGAAGCAAGAAAGGUCUACUCAUCUGGAAAGGCUGGAACUCCAGGUGUUAAUGGAGUAGAGCUCCAGAAAUCAGACGCUGAUCAGCUCUUGACUGGCCAGCCUGAGAAUGGAGUUCAGGCAACUUUAUUUUCCCAGGACCCCACAAUCAAGAGCCUUCUCCAGCUAGGCAUCAUCUGUCUACCGGGCAGUCGUGACAGAGCUGGCCGGGCUGUAGUUGAGGUCUACGGGGGCAGGAAAGGCUGGGCGUCCUCUCAACUUUCUCCUCAUGAGUUCUGCAGACUGUUACUGUACCUGCACUCCAUUCCCAGGAUGGAGGUCAGAGAGCUGGGACUGACCGUAGUGAUUGACAGCAGGAAGUGCCCUCUGCCCUCUGUGUUCUACAAAUCACUGCUCAUGGUUCAGGAGCAGGCCCUUCAUGCAGUGCACACUAUCUUGAUGCUUGUUGAUAAAGAAACAAAUCCUCGACUGGAAAAACAUCCUGGUCUACAGAUAGAUGUAGUGACGUCACUAAAAGCUCUCCAUAAGACGGUUGAUGGACAGCAGUUGACCUCUGACCUUGGCGGAUCCUUCCCUUACAGUCAUGAAGACUGGCUACAAUUUCACCAGAAACUUUCUCUCUUUCAACUCGACCUACAAGCAGCAUCUUCAUUACUGCAGACAGCAAUCAGGAGACUUGAUGUUAAAAAAACAGAUACCGCAAAAGAUGUCCAGUCCUGCAUCCAGCAGCAGAGGAGUUCCAUGAAGAUGGUGCUUGAAGACACACGAUUGGUCGCCCUCCAAAGAGAAGGCGGGUCUAUUCUCGCCAGGAUGAGGAAGGAAGAGUCGCGAUUUGCUCAGUCUGAAGACUGCAGGGACUCUCUGGAGUCUGUGACGUGUCUGUAUAACCAGGUGGAAGAAGCCGUUCACACGCUAGUGAUGAAAUCCAACCGGUCACUGCAACAUCUCGAACAUGUUCUUCUGCUGAGAGAAGCAGAAGACUCGCUCAGCACAGUCAAAAAGUGGUGUGAUGCAGAGGAGCAGUCAUGGCAGAAAGACAAAGAUGACACAGAGAAAACUCUGCUGAAAAUAGAGCAGGGACUAAAAGAUGUUCAGUCUGUUCUUAUACGGAGCAAAGAAGAUGAUGAAAAUGGUGUGAGAGAGAAAAAAGAAAAAGCAAUGUUGUUGAUAAAGGAAGUGGAGAGGAAAAGCAAAGGAACACAUUACCCUGAAACUGACGCUUUUGCUUGUAAUGCCACCACUUUCAAAACCAACAUGACCGGGUUUCUCUUGAAAGCUGAGGAGCGUAAAUCUGAGCUGGAGACAUCUGUCGAUCUCUAUCGCUUCUGUGAAGAGGCCUCAUCUCUUGUCAAAGAGUGUAUGGAGUAUUUAGAACACAUCCAGAGCACAAACUCUCCCGUGUGUGUCAGCUUGAGCACACUGAAGGCUUUUGAGGAGCGUUUCAAAGACUUCUCGCCCCAGCACUUUCAGGACAAGAGCUCGGCGCUGCUGGAGAGGCACCCGGAUGGGAUAUGGAUGUGGAAUGCGGUCUGGGCUCAGUGCCGAGACAUCAGACAGCGGCUCACCGAGAUACUGCAGGCCUCAUAUAGAAAUCAAACACCUCUGGGAUCACCAAAAAAGGACAGCGUGGCCUGCUUGAAAGGGCCAACCCUGAGCGGAAUCACAACAAGCCUUGGAGAAAAUGAAGGCGACCCCCAAAUAAACCCUGCUGGCGGUCGUACUGAGACUCCAAAUGGUCUUGUUAAUGAGACAGUGACGCAUUUUCACCUUCACUGUGAGCCUGUGACGAGAGAAACAUCACUGUCUUCAAACUCUGACCCAGUAAUGACCCAAAGCACGCACAAAGAACUGCAUCUUCAACAGUCAUUCAAACCAAAAGAGGAAGGAGGAGGUCAGCAUUUCCACCAAAGCAGAAGCAAAGUUUCCACAUCACACAAUGGACCGACGACACAAUUAAGGAAGUGUCUUCGCAUAUACUCUCACAGCGACAGUGAUCUGAGAAAGUCAGGACGGGUCACUGAGGUCAACCACUCGCCACAUUAUACAGCCCUGGUCCGCUCUCGAAGCGAAGGCUCUUGUCUGCCAGUCGCCAACUAUCAUGUUUCUGUUUGCAAAACUGCAGUCAAGCACAAAGUCCAGAUAUGUGCAGCUUCCGGUCAAGAGAGCGAGUCAAGCAGAGCAUCAUGGGAUGGACAGAGCUCUAAACUGUCUCACCAGGACAGCUUCUGUUCUAGCACUUCUGGACUGAGCCAAAGCGACGUCAAUGAGAAGUUCAGCAGUGACACCAAAUCUGACGAGCAGAGCUUGAUUUCACCAGAUCUUCCAGUCCAAACACAGGACGAGUCUGUCUGCACGCCUGACCACAUGCUGGAUCACAGCAGCACUGUACUUAAACUCCAGCGCAUCAUGGAGGAGCUGCUUCAGACGGAGAGAGAGUAUGUGAGAGCGCUGGGGUACGUGGUGGAGAACUACAUGCCGGAGCUGGAGCGUCCCGAUGUGCCUCAGGACCUGCGGGGACAGAGAGGAAGCAUCUUUGGGAACCUGGAGAAGCUGCGAGACUUUCACCAGCAUCACUUCCUUCAGGAGCUGGAGCUGUGUCUGAAGGAGCCCUUCUGCGUCGGACGCUGCUUCCUGAAACACAAAGAAAACUUUUGCCUGUACGCAUUAUACAGCAAAAACAAGCCUCGCUCUGAAAGACUGCUCAUCGAUCACGGGAGAGAGUCUUUAAGGUGAGAUCUUCCUCCAUCAGUCAUCCAAAUGUCAUAUUUUAAGGAGAAGCAGCAGCUGCUGGGUGAUAAGAUGGAUCUGUCCUCGUAUCUGCUGAAGCCCGUGCAGCGCAUCAGUAAAUACGGGCUGCUGCUGCAGGACAUGCUGCGUGAGUGUGAGACUGGAGCGCAUGCAGGACACGAGCGGCUCGAGAUACAGACCGCGCUGAACAUCAUCCAGUUCCAGCUCCGCCACGGCAACGACCUGCUCACCAUGGACGACAUUCAGGACUGUGAUGUGAAUCUGAAGGAACAGGGCCAGCUGAUCCGUCAGGACGAGUUCCUGUUGACCUUCAGGAAGAAGAAAUGCUACCGUCACAUCUUUCUCUUCCAAGAUCUCAUACUCUUCAGCAAGACGCGCAGAACAGACAUUGGGAAUGAUACAUACAUCUACAAACAAUCCUUCAAGACUUCAGACAUCGGCAUGACCCAUAAUUCCGGUGACAGCGGGCUGUGUUUUGAGAUCUGGUUUCGAAGGAGGAAGUCUCAGGACACGUAUGUCGUUCAAGCACCAAGUCGAGAAGUGAAGGAGAACUGGACCAGAGACCGGGAGAGGAUCCUGUGGGAACAAGCCGUCCUCAACCGAGAGAUCCGUAUCCAGGAGAGGUGGUUCAUGGGAAUCGGUCAUAAACCCUUCAUGGAUAUCCAGCCCAGUGAGAUGGCCAUCAAUGACCGAGCCAUCAACUGCUCUCCCACAGGACGAGGUGGGAUUCCUGUCCUCCGGUUGAAUUCUGUCGGCUCGGCCAGCUGUACGUCAUCCUCUGGAAGCCUCUCCUCCUCCUCUGGGUGGGGAUCCACAUCCCCUGUGGGUCAUCUGAGUGGAGGAGAUGUGGUCCGGUACAUCCACGGAUCAGGGAUCGAGGAGGAAGAUGAUUUAGACCAGGAGAGCGGAAACCAGAGUACACUGGUGGAGAGUUCCGUGUCCUCAGGAGAAAGUGUUAGUUGCUUUAGCAGUUCUGGUCACAGCUGCUCGUCUGUGAUUGGUGGAGACUGUGACCACGCCCAAUCUGAGGCGCCUGUCAUUGGUGUGAAAAAAGUGUGUGCCCACAACCACGAAUGCAGCAUGAAACCCACUAACCCACCAGGUCAAACCAGGGACCACUCGUGCACUACAGUUCAAGGGACGAGCAUCAUUGGAAAUUCAACUGAAGUAUAGCCCAUCGUGUAUGUUUAUACCGUAAUAACAUCAUGCUUUUAUGUUAUCAGGCCCAUCCUUUUCACCUUUUUACCUUUUAUACCUAUCGAUCCUGUGAAAACUCUAAAAUAAAGUUUAUUUUAUUUAUUUAUUUUCAGUGUGAGUCUG